AUGGCUCGCGUUUCCGCCGGCCAGCUGCCAGGUUGGUACUUUCAUGCCCGUACCUUGUGUUCCGGAUGCCUCUCCCGACCUCUGCUGGUUGGCCGGUUACCGUCAAGGUCUGGUCCACUAAGAGCCUUACACGUCCCCCCUGCCGGCGCUGUGGCUGCCUCGCAGCGACCCCUGGCUCCCUUCCGCAAGCAGUUCAAGGAGGAGGCCAAGCAUGCGAAGAAGCAGGCAAAGGGAAAGUCCAAGGCCGACUCCCAGACCGUCGACGGUUGGGAGCUGACGGUGGGCAUCGAAAUCCACGCCCAGCUCAACACCGCCCGCAAGCUCUUCUCUCCUGCCACCACCUCGUUCAACGACGAGCCGAACAGCCACGUGUCCCUCUUUGAUCUCUCCAUGCCAGGGAGCCAACCGCUGAUGCAGAAGGAGGUCCUCCUUCCGGCCAUUCGCGCAGCCCUGGCCCUGAACUGCGACGUUCAGCGACUCAGUCGGUUCGACAGAAAGCAUUACUUUUGGUGGGAUCAGCCGUCCGGAUACCAGAUCACGCAGUAUUACGAGCCGUUUGCGCGAAAUGGCCACAUCACCUUGUUCGCGAGAGACGGAAUUUCGCCCGAGGAUGGCGAGAGUGUCACCAUCGGCAUCAAGCAGCUUCAGCUGGAGCAGGACACGGCCAAGACGCUGGCUCAGACGGACACGAUGCACUGGCUGGACUUUAAUCGUGUCGGGAUGCCUCUGAUGGAAAUCAUCACCCUUCCGGAGAUUCGACAUCCGCGCACGGCCGCCGUCUUUGUGCGCAAGAUUCAGCUUCUCCUCCACGCCGUCGACAGCUGCGUCUCCGGCAUGGAGGCCGGCGGUCUCCGAGCAGACGUCAACGUCUCGGUGCGAAGAACGGACGAGGCGUCGGAGAGGCUCGGAACCCGGACGGAGAUUAAGAAUCUGAGCACAAUCAAGGCCGUCGAAGACGCCAUCAUCGCCGAGAGAGACCGCCAGAUUCAGGAGCUCGAGGCUGGCCGGGCCAUCGCGGGCGAGACUCGCGGCUGGACCCUCGGCUCCAAGCAGACACGUCGGCUGCGGGGGAAGGAGGGCGAGGUUGACUACCGCUACAUGCCGGACCCAGACAUUUCGCCGCUCGUCAUCGGCGAUGACCUCGUGAAGCACCUGAAGACGUCACUACCGGUGCUGCCCGAUGCCGAGCUCGACAGGCUCAUUUCCGAGUUUGGCCUCGCACCGAAGGAUGCCCUGUCGCUCAUCACCCUGGACAACGGAUCUCGCAUUCAGUACUUUUACAAAGUCUUGGACGGGCUUCAUGAGAUGAUUCGCCUCGAUGCGACCUCGUCCUCGGCCUCGGCCUCGGCGGACUUUUCAUCCUACGCCACGCUUGCAGGAAACUGGAUCAUCCACGAGCUUGGCCGGCUGACGACGUCCAAGGCCGGACCGCUAGCCUCGGGGGAGCUUGUGUUUUCCACCGAUGGCGAGUGCGACCAGGUGCCGGUUUCCGAACUCUCGAAACUCCUCUAUUAUCUCUACCGAAAACAGAUCACCGGCAAGGUGGCCAAGGAGCUUCUUUUGGCCAUUUACCUUGGCGACCUCGACGGCGAUGUUCUCGGCGCCAUCGAGAGCAACGACCUCUGGUUCGAGGAAAUUCCACCGGAAGAGUAUGCAUCCCUCGCCGAGCAGGCCAUGGAGGGGGAGGAGAAGGUGCUGCAAACAUUCGUCGACUCGAAGCCGUUCCCGCAAGGCAAGCUCAUGUACCUUGUUGGCAAGAUGAUGCGCCUGGGCCCGACCGAGCGGAUCGAUCCCUCCACGGCCGAGAGCGUGAUGAGGGCAAGGGUCGAGAGGCUGCGAACGAGCUGA